AUGACUAUCCAUCUCUCACCCCGCAUCUCAUCAGAUGGUUGGUUGCCUGACACACUGAAAAAACUUAGCAUUAGUGGAUGUCCAGACCUCACAAUGCUAUUAUUAAGAACUUUUCCUAAGGCACUUGAACGUCUCUCUAUUAUCUCUUGUUCAAACCUAGAGUCUACAAUAGAGACAUUUGAAAAUAAUGAGUUUCUCAAAGUGAUUAAGUUUGUGGACUGUGAUAAACUUACAUUCGUGCCUUCAGACCUACACAAUCUUACAUUUCUUGAAAGUAUUUUGAUAUGGAAUUGUCCAAAUAUGGAAAUAUCCUUCAAAUUCCCGAACUCUCUUCAAGAAUUAGAUAUAAAGGAUAGUCCAAUAUUGUUUGUAGAAGAAGGCGUUCCAACCAACCUUAAACUACUCUAUGUUGCAAAUGAGGCCAAAAUCUAUAAGCCACUAUUAAAGGGGGCAUUGCAGAAAAUCACCUCUCUUAGACGACUUGUUAUUGCUAGAACGCCCGCCUCUCUAGCUUCUCUAUCUAGUUUGUGUCUUCAAAGCCUCACUUCUCUUGAACGGUUGGAGAUCGAAAAUUUUCCAGAGCUAAAAACCAUUCCAAACUUGGGAAGCCUCAUCUCUCUUGAUAGUUUGUGGAUCAAGAAUUUCCCGAACAUCGAAUACAUUCCAGAUUUGGGAAGCCUGACCUCUCUUUUAUUUUUGAGUAUUGAAGAAUGCCCAAAGCUCAAAUCCAUCCCAGAUCUGGGAAGCCUAACCUCUCUUGAAUCUUUGUGGAUUGAGGAAUGCCCAAAGCUAAAACCUUUGCAAAGCCUGUCACCUCCUCUUACGAAGUUACAUAUUGCCCGUUGUCCACUGUUAAAAAGAUAG